AUUUUAUUACAAAAUUAAUUACCUUUCACAUAUUGACAUUUGAUAGUUAAGAAACAAUUUAUUGUAAAAAUAAUUAAAACAAAAUAUGAAAAUGAAAAAUAAUUAGAAAAAAUCCAUAUAAACGUGUGAUUCCAAAAUUUGGACAAUUUUAUUUUUUUUUUUCAUCAGAUUUUAAUUUUAUUUAGUUAAAAAAAAUAACAAGGUAAAAAUAACCAUUAUGUCCUCUCUAUCAUCCAAUUAAUCCCAUUUUCACACUUCCAUCAAUAAACACUCUACUCCCAUCUAGUCUACUAAACCCUAAACCCUCCUCCUUCCAAAAGAGGAGUCUACUAAACCCUAACCCUCUCCUUCCAAGAAUGCAGUCUAAGCUCUCUCAUUCCAAGGAACAACCCAAAGUUCAAGAUAACAUGGCUAAGGAUAUCAUUAUAAUAGAUUGGCGUAAAAAGAUGGCUCUACCAAGCAUUAAAAAUCAGGGUACAGCAGAGUGUUGCUGGGCCAUUUCAUCUGCAGAUGCAGUUGCAUCAUGUAAAGCACUGCGCGGGACAAGUGUGACGCUCUCCCCGCAACAUCUAAUUGAUGUUGCUUACAUCAACCAUAAGGUUAACGGAAGUUUUCAAGUUUCCUGGGCAAUGGAUUUCAUAAGAGACAGCGGGAUUACACUUGAAGAAUGUUACCCUUUUAAGGGUCAUCCUCAUUUCGACAAAACUAAGAUACCUGAGUUUCAAAAUUUGUACACAGUGGAAAAUUGGGGACUCAUAAGAUAUGACAAUGACAAAAUAAGCGAAAUGCUUAAACAAGGGCCGAUGGUCAUUACCGCUCACUACGACAAAGGUUUACGUAAAUUAGAUGCUAAUAGCAUCUACCGACCAAAUUAUGAACUGGAAGGAGAUGAAGAUUACGGGCAUGCAAUGCUAUUAGUUGGAGAAGGUGUUAGGCUAAUUGGAAAAGACAAGAUUCAUUUGUGGAUAGUGCAGAACUCCUGGGGUGAGAAUUGGGCAGAGAAUGGUUUUGGCAAAAUUGUAAGGAAUUACGAAUUGAAAGUGAGAGGAUACUACCCAAUUCUACAAUGAAGGUGUGUAUUUAGUUAUUAGAUAUGCAUAUAUAUUUAAAGAUUAUACACUAAUUUGUUUUAAAUUUAUAAAAACAGAGAUGCACUGGAUGGCAUUGGAGUGGAGAGAUAUUCUGACAAGUACAAAACCAAACCUUUCAAUAUUGAACCUAACAAAAUGAGCCUAAGGAGUAAACAUAUGUUAUUCUCACUCCCUAGUUUCAUUCCUUUUUUUUUUCCUUUUUUUUAUUUUCUUUUCUUUUCUUUUUUUUUUUUUUUUUUUUGGCUUUUACAGGCAUCUAGAUCACACAUUCAGUGCGAGCAAAUUUAUAUGCAAAAACGUAAAACUUUGGGGAUGUGAAGUAAAAUAGACUCUGAAAUUGUCAAAAGUCCAAUAUACUACCUUUCCAAAUAUGUAGCCCUGCAGGAGGGGAUCUUCCUUCUGCCUCAUAAAGCUGAUAUUUUUAAGUUCUUCGUAUUAGAUACGAAUAAGAAAAAAAAACGAUUUAAAUGAAUGAGCAAUUCGUAAAAUAAACUCACAUAGGUCUGAACUAUCGAAUCUGUAAGAGGGGAACACGAAUCUAUCUGACCAAAAAUAUCUCGGAAUUUCGCAAUCGUAUCAGCCAUUGUCUGAAACGGUGACGGGAUAUCGCCAGAAAAUCAUUUGAAUGUUUAGGGAGUCGUUCUCCUCGUUGGCGGCGGGUUCAGCGGAGCUCGAAUGGGUGGAGGUUUCGGGGGUAACCCUAACUAAGCUUGGGGUUAGUUU